AAAUUCCCCCUUUUCCUUCAUGGACGGUUAUCCUUCUCUGUACCCCAGCAAAUCUAAAUCCACACUCUACAUCUAGAUCCAACCACCGAUCACCACCCUACGCCAACCCUUUCACAACCAGAUCUAUACACAAAAACUCUUCUUCUACACAAACUACUAUUUACAGUAAAAGAAUCACUUUGUGUAGCAGAAAAAUAUAGCCAUUUUUGUUAGUCCAUCUCGUGCAAGAUUUUGUGAUGGUGGAGGCACAGUCAUGGACUACCAGAAGGGGUAGCAACCCAAGACUUGAAUCUAACAAUGACCAAGUUCUUGAUAUUCCAGUAACCCCAACUGCAGAAAUCAGGCAGCAGCAAUAUGCUUUGAUCUCGCCAAGUAUUCUUACAGCAACCAUUAUUGCAUCCUGGUAUUUCUCGAACAUUGGAGUGCUAUUGCUCAAUAAAUACUUGUUAAGCUUUUAUGGGUACAGGUACCCAAUUUUCUUGACCAUGUUACACAUGUUGUCUUGUGCUACCUAUAGUUUAUUAGCCAUAAAAUGGCUUGAAAUUGUGCCGUUCCAGCAAAUACAUAGCCGUAAGCAGUUUUUCAAGAUUCUUGCUUUGAGUGUGAUUUUCUGUUUCUCUGUUGUUUGUGGGAAUACUUCAUUGAGGUACCUUCCGGUGUCGUUUAAUCAAGCUAUUGGUGCUACUACUCCAUUUUUUACAGCUAUUUUUGCUUUUGUUAUCACCUGUAAGAAAGAAUCUGCAGAGGUUUAUUUGGCACUGGUUCCUGUAGUACUAGGCAUUGUUUUGGCUAGUAAUAGUGAACCCUUGUUCCAUCUUUUUGGGUUUUUGAUGUGCAUUGGCUCAACUGCGGGCCGGGCGUUAAAAUCUGUGGUUCAGGGGUUGUUAUUAACUUCAGAAGCUGAAAAAUUGCACUCUAUGAAUCUAUUGCUGUACAUGGCUCCAAUGGCAGCAUUGGUAUUGCUGCCAUUUACUCUGUAUAUUGAAGGGAAUGUUCUGGCUGUCACAAUUGAAAAGGGGAGGGAAGAUGGAUUUAUGGUGUUUUUAUUGAUCGCAAAUGCCACGGUUGCUUAUUUGGUUAAUUUGACAAAUUUUUUGGUCACAAAGCACACGAGCGCCUUGACACUGCAAGUUUUGGGGAACGCCAAAGCUGCAGUAGCGGCAGUAGUGUCGGUCUUGAUAUUCAGGAAUCCGGUGACGGUGAUGGGGAUAACGGGUUUUGCGGUAACAAUAAUGGGAGUGGUUCUUUACAGUGAAGCUAGAAAGAGGGCCAAAGGUACAACUCACUGACAGCAAUUCUUGAUUUGAAUUGAUGGUGCUGGAGACAAGAUUAUUCAUAUAUGAUCCGUUUUUCUGCCUUUGAUUAAGAAGUUAACUCUGGGCUAAAAAGUCAAAGACUUUAGACGAUCUCUUGUAUAGGAAGAUGAGUGGGAAAAAGAGCUUGAGUUUAUGCUCUUUUUUCAUUUUGCUUUACUUUAUAUCAUUGACCUUGAAUUGGGGUGGUUUAAGAGAAUAAAGUUCUCUUUUACUUUCCCCUUUCUGUAAUUUUGUAUGUCAAUUUGAUAAAUUGGAACAUAGAUAACAGCUGAUUCCUUUAAUACUGUU